GGCAAUCAACAUUUGUAUGUGAGGCAUCUAAUAUGUAUACAGGGAAAGUUAAAGAACUAUCUGAGAUAUGCUGUUGAUGGAAAGUACAUUGACAAGAAAUGCUCAUUUACAGGGAAUGUAGUGCUGAAAAUGAGGAUGACAAGGACAGUUGUUAUUCGCUAUGGGUACCUCUAUUAUGUGAGGAAAUACUGCCAAUUUGAGAAAAGAGAUUUUGAGAUUAUGGACGUGGUCACAGCAGGAGAGUGCAAACCUCUUUCCAAGACUGCCAAAGACAAUGUGCUGAAAGUUACUAGGGCUUUAGGCUCCAAGAAAGACUUCAGCAAAGUUCAACUAGAUGUGUAA